UUUAGCAACGUUCGUUGAUUCUUCGGGCGUUGGUACACACGCAAUGGCUCUUGGGCCCGCCCAAGUGUCACUGAGGAACACUCUACAGUUUUCGUGCCGUCAAGAACCUGUAUGUGGGCCGAGCUUAGUCUAGUAUGCGAUACAUCGCCUGAUGGUCUAAGACGAGCUUCAACAUCACUCUCAAGACACUCUUCUUAACCCGUCAUAACCCAUACCCAGGAUUCCAGCUACGAGCUAGCUUCUGCGGGACAAGUUUGUUCAACUUACCGAGCAACUACAACGUAUACUAAGACGUACCGCUGGAUUCGUCACAACUCACGGUCACGGCCCUCCCUGCCCGAGCUUUCCGUCUAGUCAAAGCAGUAAAGGAUGACGGACGCACAGGGAGUGAGCAUGCUCUGCAUGCACAUGGACGAUCGCUUUGCUUCAUCUGCUCGAAAUUGCCACGUUGACUUGUAUCAUCACAUUCUGAGCCGUCCAGCGAGGAAUCUGAGCCAUCCAUCGCGGGAUUUGAGCCGUUCAGCCGCUUCAGCUGAGGAACAGAGCUCGACUUUGACUUCGACAUGGCGGAUUCUGCUUAGCAAGCGGAUUUCAUGCAAGAUCUUGAAGUCAUGUGAAGACGGGUUGGGAGUUGGCGAAACAGAGGAGUCAUAGUACCUAUUGAAGAGUUGGAAGCCUCUUUAGCUUCUUUAUGGAAGCAUGUACAUAGAUAUAGUGACUGUCAUUGAACCGACAUGUGUGCAAAAUAGUCACACAACUUUCAUCGUGUCGUGGCCCCUUGGACCUGCCGUAUCAGAGGACAUCCCAGUGUCAUGUAAGCAAUGG